AUGAUUUCCCUUCAUUUGGUUUCAGCAGCGAUUGGCUCAAAUCAGUACCCAGUUCCCAAAAUCUUUUCCUUCUACAGAGCCAAAACCAAACCCAAAUCUCACAGUCUCAUCUGCUCCUUUCGCCACCGUUCUAAUAAGCUCAGAGUUUCAGCCCUCAAAAACGAAAUCCCCGAGUCGCCUCAGACUCGCAACGUUGCCGAUGACGAAGGAUCAGAGAAACUCCUGUUGCGUCAAAACGAUGCAAAUUUGGAUUUGGGAUGGUUGCCUGUUUUUCCCCACGUUCUUGUUGCUUCAAUGUCCAAUUUUAUAUUUGGGUAUCACAUUGGAGUAAUGAAUGGUCCUAUUGUUUCCAUUGCUCGGGAGCUUGGUUUUGAAGGAAACUCUUUCAUUGAGGGACUUGUUGUCAGUAUAUUUAUUUCUGGUGCAUUUAUUGGGAGCAUAUGCUCUGGUUCGUUGGUAGAUAAACUUGGUUGUCGGCUCACAUUUCAGAUUGAUAGCAUACCCUUAAUCCUUGGGGCAAUAAUAAGUGCACAUGCUCACUCCUUGAAUGAGAUAAUUGGAGGAAGAUUUCUUGUUGGUCUCGGUAUAGGUGUGAAUACAGUUCUUGUUCCAAUAUAUAUAUCUGAGGUAAUGUUUAUUGUGUAUGUUGUAUUGGAAGAGCAGUUACUCAGUUGUCUCAAGGGCAAUUAG